AUGCUGACAGCGGGUCAACGGCACGACAUCACUUGUGCUGAGGCGUUAAUUGACGGUUAUAACAGUGAGUAUGUGAUAGCUGACACAUCAUAUGACUCGAUGGCAUUGAUUGAGUCGAUAACCCAAAGGGGGGCAGUGCCGGUGAUACCGCCACGUGCCAACCGUCGUGAUUCCCGCACUUAUGAUGCACAUCUGUAUAAAGAGAGACAUCAGGUCGAAUGUUUCAUCAACAAAAUCAAGCAGUAUCGACGUAUUUCCUCUCGUUUUGAUAAGUUAGCGGUGCGGUAUAUGGGGUUUCUGAGUUUCGUUGCCACGAUUAUCUGGUUACGAUGA